AGCUACUGGGUAAGAUGAAGGGCAGACAAAUCUUGACCCAUCUUUUAUUGGGAUUCAUCCUCCUUGCAGUUGCAGCAUCAUACUCCCAUUUCUCCAAUUCUAUCAUGGUUCAAGCUGUAGAAUCAGCUGCAUUCCGGCUUGGACGUCCACAACUCGGAUCCCCCUCAGCCUCUGGAUCGACAUUGUCUGCUUGGACCACCAGAAAUACGAUCGAAGAGAGGAAGGCUAGUAAAGUCCCAUCUGGACCAAGCCCUAUUGGAAACCGGCACCCACCGACUAAGCCAUGAAUGCAUGAACCAUGCUUCUUCCACCUCGCAAUUAGAAAAGAAUGUAGUAGAUGUCCUUGUAGCUGAAGAAGGUGAUAUAUUUUUGAAUUUGGAUGAUUUUGAUGUCUAUAUAGUACUCUGUUGUAGCGGGAUGGGAUUUAUUUGCUGAUUCAGAUUCAAUACACCAUCAGAUGAUAAAUGCCUGAUCA